AUGGGCGCUUGGGCACAGCUAAGAUUGUUGUUGUGGAAGAAUUGGUUGCAGCAGAUUCGUUCGCCAUGGUUCACUUUAAUGGAGUUCUUGAUUCCAAUGUUAUUAAUCGCUACCAGCUUCGGCCUUAUGAUUGGGCUAAGAGGUAACUUCGAAAAUGACCAUCAGCUUGAAAAUUAUCCAGAGUGGCCAGUAAUGGGAAGUGCAUGGGACUUCGUCAUGCCGACAAACACUUCAAAUCCAAGCUCUGCAAUUCUCGAUCCGAUGAGCUUGAUUGCUAAUUCCACUUAUAAUUGUCCAUUUUUUAAUUUGACUUGGCUUAAAGACGGUGGCGUUCGUUUGGAUGCAGAGCUAAUUUUUUCACCGAUCACGGCCAUCACAAAGACUAUCAUGGAUCUCGUAAAGGAUCGGUACACAACAACUAUUGGGAAUCCUCUAUUCGUUAUGGAACCUACAAAUAAGAUUCCACUGCCAAAAUACUUGGAAGUAAACAUGGUUGUAAAAGGAUUCGAAACUGAAGAUGAAAUGGUCGCAUAUGCAAAGGAGUCUUUCUCAAAUGAAUGUGGAAAUUCACUAUUAGCCGGUAUUACAUUUAAUGAUUCGAUAGCAAAACGAAUGCGAUCGGAGUCGAAUUUAUCCUACACUAUUCGAUUAUCGAAUACAAAUCGUCAAAGUAAAGGAGUAAAUGGAAGGCAUAACUUCAGACCGUGGAAUACUCGUGAAUUCUUUGCUAUUCAGUUCGUUAGCGGUCCUAUAAAUCCACUAGAGAGUGAUGGAGGUUACCCAGGAUAUUGGAAAGAAGGAUUUAUGACGAUACAGAAGGCAAUAAACAACGCAAUCUAUGAAAAUCUUACCGGAAGGCGUAUUGAACUUAUCAACACGGAUCUAAUGGUGAACCAUUUUUCUAGAACAGCGGCGACACUGAUUGCAGUUGUCGGUUGGAUGCUGUUGUACUUCUGGUAUGCCAUAUUUAAUAGUUUCGAUGUGGCAAGACCAUUCUCGCUCAGUGCUCAGUUGGUCAAUAGCCUAAAUCCAGAUAUCGCUAUGGCAUAUGGUAUUACUCUCUUGGCUCAGUAUGAGACUCAAGCACACGGUUUACAUUGGGACCAGCUGUUCACGCCACCGACACCCGAUCAACGCCUUACUGUUGGUCACUGUUUUAUCAUGCUGCUCAUCGACGGAAUCUAUUUGAUGAUAAUCACCUGGUAUAUCGAAGCCGUCUAUCCCGGUGGUGAAGGAGUACCACAAAAACCGUGGUUCUUCCUAUUGGUGAGUUAG